AUGCUCUCCCGCCUCGCCCUCUCCGCCGCCCUCGCAGCCACCCUCGCGGCCGCCGGCACCGGCGAGGUCAAGUGCCCCAUCAUCUUCGACGGGCGCGUGCCCGCCGCCCUCGAGCCCUCGGCCUUUGACAGCGACGGCAACGGCAACCCCUACGGCGCAGAGUACGUCAAGGGCCGAGGGCUCACGUGGUCGCAGAUCCUGCGGUUCCCCGCCGGCGCCGGCGCCUCGCGCUUCGAGAACGCCGCCGCCCACAAGCCGCUCGAGGUGACCAUCGGCGACGGCUCCGUCUUCCAGGACCAGCGCGGGUUCCGGCGCGCGGGCCUGCAGUUCGCCGGCGACGCCAACACCGGGUCCCCGGGCGCCCGGGGGCUCGUGACGCUGCACUUCAGCGUGCGGCAGGACGCCGCGCGGCCGCUGAACCUGUCGCACGAGUACCUCGACGUGUGGCACGAGACGAGCGACUACGCGGCCGACCAGGUCAUGUUCCAGGUCGGCACGCUGAUCGGCCAGGAGCGCCUGCCGAGCGACACCUUCAAGGUCGUGUCGCGCGACGGCCGGCAGCUGUGGAGCACGCCCGUCGACGCCGGGGCCUGGCAGAACUUUGCCAUCCAGAUGGACUACCGGAAAAAGGGGUUUUUAACGAAUGGAGGAAAACACAGCACGGUCCAGGUGUACUACUCCAAGGACGACGCGCCCCUCGAGGUCGUCCUCCAGGCGACGAGCAACAACAUGGCCGGCGAGGGCCAGUACCAGCUCGGCAUGCUCAAGAAGCCCACGGGCACGAGCGACGUCGUCAACUCGGGCUACCAGGAGAGCGGCAUCGACGAGGGGCAGAUCUACGGCAGCGUCUUUCUCGAGGACAGCUCCAACGGCUGCGUGUCGUUGUGA